AAUUCGCGUGCGUGAAAUUGCCCACUAAUUGCUAAACGUUGGAUCAAGUGACCGGUUUUAGGACAGAGUGCUGAAGUAAUUAAUGUUCGUGUCAGAGGGAUGUCAGUUUGUUUCUGUGGCUUCCAGAACAGCUGUGAGGCCCAGUUGGCCUCCUACACAGGUCGUUGAUACUAGAGGCUAUUUUCCCUGGGAGCAACAGAGCAAGGGCAAGAAAUUGAACACCAUCUAGUGCUGAGUGCCCAUAUACCUUCAUGGUGUUGUGUUCAAUUGUGUUUCUGUAAACACUGAAGCAGUAUGAGUGGAAAUGGGAGCUCAGAUGAGACAGAAGAAGCCAUUAGUCAGCACCUACAAGAUCUGGGAAUGCUAGAAGAUGGAAUGACCACAGAUGAUAAACGUAACCUUUGGGCUGUCAUCAAGAUAUCUCAGGACACUGCAAAGGCUGAGGAACAGAAUCGCCAGAAGCAGGCAAGGAAGGCCUUGCAGUUUGAUCAGGUGUCUUCAAGGUCUGAAUCAUCAUCUGGCUUAGAGGCAAAGUCUGAUAGUCUUAUUGAAGAAAUAAUUUCUCCUUCUGACCAUAAAGAAGACAACGAACCAGAAGACAAGAAGAGACCUACAGUUGCAGCUGUGUUACCACAGCAGCGUGCCACACCACUGGUUUCUGUGGCACCUUGCAAUUGCACAACAGCCACCGUUUCUCCUCUGUGUUGUUGCCAUGAAGAUGACUUGUCUCAAGAUCAGAAUACUGUGACUAUAAGUUUGUCAUCAGUUUCAUCAUGUUCCAAGUCUCCGGCAGUUGUUUCCAAGAGUGAGCAAGUUGAUUCUUCAACCCAAGAUUCUCAGGAUUUGCCAAGAUGUGUUGCGGAACCAUCAGCCAGGAGGGGCUUGAGGCCAAGGCCAAAUGUAGGAAUGAAGAAGACCACAAAACUGAAUCCGACAAAUAAUUUGUCUGGCUUAAACUCACAGAGUUUGUCUUUGUCAGGGCCAUCUAACAAAGAGAGAGACGAACCUCAGACAGUAUCAGGAGGGUCGCUGAAAUCGGAAGAGUGUUUUAAGAAUAGUGCUAUGACAAGUAGUGGCACUUGUACAGUUACUGGGCCUUCAAGUUCAUCAUCUUCACCCAUUCCUGUUGUUGAGUCAUCAGAACAUUCUGAUCAGGACAUUCUUGAGUCAUCUGUGCCUAACAUACAAGAAUCAUCCCUAGUUAAGAAAGUGCAGAACAGUUUAACUGUGUCAAAUUAUCAAGAAAGAAUUGGCGACAAGUCUGAAGCGAAUGAUGACUGCCAUGAAGAGAGCAAUUUUAGUGCCUUAAAAGAACGAACUGAGGAGAUGGAUGUGGAAAAAUGUGCACGUGUUUCUAGCUCAGUUGAUAAUGUGCCUUCUCCAUCAAGUGACUCACUUUCGAACAUAACUCUGAACUGUAACAGUAACAGAGAAGUAGAAAGGAAAGGAUCAGAGGACCGAGAAAGGAACAUUAAUCCCUUUAACUGUGACAGAAGCAAUUACGAAAGGACUUUGAAAGUUCGCAAGGUGAAGAGGGCAUGCUCAAGAUUCCCGUUUUACAUUCCUCCAUACAAAAUGGACAUUCAUACAUACAUCACAUAUUUCAAAAGAAGCCUUAACGAACAAGCAGCACGUCUUAUUGAGGUGCAGCGGAGAAAUCCCAGAUGUGUGGCAUGGGGAGACCCAGUUGUAGCGGAGUCCAGUUCCAGAGUGCUGGUCACCCUGGGAUGGGGAGAGGAGAAGGGUAAGAGCCUAGCCAAUAUCCAAAGGAGGAACUUCCAGAACUGCGGAGCUUCCUACCUAAGGAAACACACUCUGUAUGCUGAGCCUGAUGUGCAGAGUGAUGAUGAUUUGUUUUUCACUGAUACCAGGAGAAGGAAGGUAAUUGUGGAAAGCCAACAGGAUGAUACCGAUGACUUGUUUGAUGCCUUGCUUCAGGAGGACAAAGUGAUGGACAAGCGAGAUGAUGAGGAGGGAUCAGCACUGGAUGAUGGGAACAACUCUCACAAUUCCCCUGCGGUGAACAGGCAGGGUCCGGUGAAACGCAAGUCAGAUUCAAGUGAUGACCAAAUAUUUGAUGAGGAUGAGAGGAGUGGUGAGCCGCAGCAGAAGCGAGUGGCCCCAAGUCCUUGGAUUACAGCAAAGAAAGAGGAAGCACCUCCCAUGGCAGUCAAGAGAAAAAAGCCUCAUCAAGUUUUGUCUGAUGCUGACUCUGCAGCACAUAGUUGUGGGGAUUUAGACGGAGAAUUUGAACCUUCAGAGAAACAGUUGCAACGGCGUGGCCAUGUCAAGUCAUGCAUGAUGAAGAAAACUGCGAAAAAUGUAUCAUCAAACCAGAGCCAAUCCAUAAGAAAAGGUGGAGGUAUGGAUGGUGAGGCUGACACAUUUGUUGACCUUGACAAUGCUGCAGGUGUUGCGGGUGACUCAAAUUCAUGCCCUGAGUCAUGCCAAGAAACUGAAAUAAUUAGACCAGGUCCUGUGAAACUCCGGAGACGAGGUCGCCGACUCUUCCAUCAGAACCAAGUGGAAACAGAGGAACAUGAAGAAACUGAACAUAAUAAAGAGAACGCUGGUGCCCGAAUGGAUGAUGUCACAGGGUCAUAUGAGGUGGGGAGCAGUGAUGUUCUGGAGCAGGAAGCAGAUGUUGUUCCAUGUCCUAUUUGUAGGAAAACGUUUCUAGUCAAAGAUAUUGAGGCACAUGCAUCAGAAUGCAAUGAAUACUGUGAAGAGGAGGUUCCACCCGAUGAGCUGCGUAUAUUUGAGUCGAGCAGCGGCUCUGAGAUGGCCACGCAGAGCUCGCAGGGUGCCAUAACUGAGAAGUGCUGGAGUGAGUUUGAGAAUAAAAAAGAGUUUGAAGGUGAUCAUAUCACCAUAUUUCGUACAAGACAGCCUAGACCCCAAGCACAUCAAGUUGAAUUGCCACGGGUAUGCCUGUCUCCAAUACGUUGCUUCACUCCUAUAAGUGCACAGUGUGACUCUGACAUAGACUACCAUCAUCAGUUUCGCGUUGCAGCCACCAUUAGGCAAAACCCAACUCAAAAUCCAAAAAGGAAAAGGAGAACAAAAUGGAAGAAGAAAACAAAAAUAAAGGCUGGUAAGAGGAGGAAGGUUGGAUAAUCAUGUUGUAAGCAGGAGAGGUCAACUGUGCUAAGACAUUUGAGGAAUUCUGGGGACUGAUUUUCGUUUUCAUAUAUUUUAUACUGCAAUGCUGAUAACAGUACAUACUUAGCUGGUGUCAGACAUAAUAAAAUGUAAAUUUGUCUGUGUUUUAUGCAUGUAUAUCAUUUUGUUGGUCUGGAUUUUGUAUUUAACAAACGGAAUUUAAAUAUUUCUUUUAUUGUG